AUGUGGGCACGGGCGGCGAGGUUGAGUUUUCGGGCUGUGCUGGACAGGGGCCGUGGCCUCGCUUUCAAAGCGGGUCCACGGGGACAGGUCCAGGCGGCGGGGCAGGAGACCCACGCUCCACGCCUCACCCCGCAGGGCGUCGGUCGCGUGUCCGCCGCGGUAGUCGAGCAUCUGGAGCGUCUGGCGUUGGUGAACUUCGGCAGCCGCGAGGCGGUGGCCCGGCUGGAGAAAGCGGUCGCCUUCGCUGAUCAGCUGCACGCGGUGGACACGGACGGGGUGGAGCCCCUGGAGUCGGUACUGGAGGACAGAUGUCUCUACUUGAGAUCUGACGAUGUAGCAGAAGGCAGCUGUGCUGAAGAACUACUACGGAAUUCUCAUCACGUUGUGGAGGAGUAUUUUGUGGCCCCCCCAGGUAACAUUUCUUUGCCAGACAUGGUAAACAAGAUUCCGGCUCCCACAGCAGAGUAGCUAUUCUGGGAAAGGCGCACCCUGUCAACAUGGCAGACUCACAAGGGUGGUCAUUGGCUACCCUGAAGUCUAGUAUAAACCCAACAUUUACAAUGUCUUGGUAACUGAUCUGAGGACAGACCUG